UCAAUCUGCCUGUCACCUAGCAUAAGACGUCAGUCAAUCUAUCAUUACAUAAAUAAGACGCCUCUUUCACUUCUCCCGUUAUCGCGUCCUAGUUUCCUGGAUGUUGAACGUUCAGGGGUAUAAGUCACUGUUGGUUCGAACUGUGGGCCUUUUUGAAGAGAGUAGCAAGGUCUCUGAAGAUCUGUGGCGUUUAGGUGCGCCGGUAUGGUUUUUACACGAUGUUCUCAUUUGGUGCUCCAGCUGUGUUGCCUGGGAGCCUUGGUGUCUGCGAUGUUACAAAACCACGAUACACUGACAGUUCCAACUUCAAUCGGCACACUUGAAAUAUCUCCGCAAGGUGUGAAAUUCGACAAAGCAAACAGUUCAAUCUCAGUUGUCAUUCCGGCUUCCACACCCCGAGAACCCGCCUACUACGUCCAAAGAGAUGGUAACGUGAUGAUGACGCCCGGGUCAGAAGGUAUCAGCCUCUCUGCCCCUAUACCGGGAGGCCAGGCCCAAGACAGGAUCAUCGAGACCAAUGCACUCUUGCAGAACAUGCCCGCGGGUGUACGUCUAGGGGAGAUAAGUCCAGGCAUGACGGACGCCGAGUAUCAGAAUGUUUACCCCCACAACCCUGUAGUUUCAGAGUCUCCCAAGGUAUUCAACAGUCCCAGGCCAGAAUUGUCGGUGGACCAGAUCAUCAAGAGCAACAGCAGAACUCCACACCAGCUACACUACGCCUCCGACUCCGGUGACAUCCUAAUGGAACUUGAUAUGAGAAUGACGUAUGCCCAAUACAUGCACUACUACGAGAACCGAAGGAUAGUUCCCCGUGAAAACAAUGGACGUGGUAGACGAGUGAAGAGGAAAGCCCUGAGAUCACACUUCACCUACUGGCCGAACGGAGUGAUCCCUUUCACCGUCGAUGGUUCAUUCAGCCAAGCAGAGAGUCGCCUCUUGGAUGCUUCCCUCCAGGCAUGGAUGGAAGACACAUGCGUCCAGUUUAUACGUGCCCGUCCUACUGACAAAGAUGUUCUCCGUAUCCAGAACGGCAAGGGAUGCAACUCUUUUGUUGGUCGAAUUGGAGGUCAGCAGAAUCUGAACCUGGAGGCAGGCUGUCGCGUGAAACACGUGAUGACCCACGAGCUAGGUCACGUGAUCGGCCUCAUCCACGAGCACCAGCGUCCAGACAGGGAUGAUUACAUCAUCGUUGCGGCCGAAAACGUGGGCGUCGGGCGCAUGAAGAACUACCGGAAGUUUGACAGCAGCCGCAUCAACCUGUUUGGGGUUGACUAUGACUACAACUCCAUCAUGCAUUACGGGAGAACUGCAUUUUCGAAAGAUGAUGUCUCCACCACAAUGAUAACGAGAAACCCGUCAUUCCAAGACAUCAUUGGAACCAGCUCGAAGGUGUCAUUUAAAGAUGCUAAGGUUGUCAACUCCAUGUACAAGUGUGACAGCAAUUGUAGGCGAAAGCCAAGCUGUGGAGAAGGAUAUGUCAACAAGUAUUGUCGCUGUGUGUGCCCUGGAGGCACGCAGCGAUGUGCCCAGAGAAGAUGGCGGACAGUCACAUCAGUACCUCGAACCACUAGACCGGCUCCCAGAAUAAGGAUGUCUGGAUUCAACAGCAGGCCGUGGCGUGGCUCAUUCAUGAUGCCUUAUGAACCCAGGCCAUACCCGCCAAUCGACCCCGGAUUUGGGCAAUAUUAUCCAAGUGCGCCCUAUUUCAAUUCUCAAUUCAAUGGUCCCUACUAUCCGCCGUUUAAAUGAAAAUAACGAAAGAGGUGGGCCCCUGUAUCACCAGCUUGUGGACAAAAUCUGCAGUUCGGCUUGAGGUGUUUGGUGGUUUUUGUUUAUAAUGUGCAAUGUAUUAAUUCAUGUGCAAAAACUGAAAACAGAAAUAAUGAAUAAAAUGCUUAUUUAGUCUUA